AGGAAUAUGGCGGCUCGUGUUGUGUUCUGUAAAUGUUUUGUCCUGCUAAUGAACGUUUAUUUUGUAUGCGUAAAAUCACAGAAUUUAGCUGUAAACGGUGCUGUUAUUCGCGGAGUUCGUGCAGAAAGCACGGAGAGGAGUGAAGUUAUUGAUGGAAUGUUAGUGAUCGAGGUAGACAACUGGAUAGAUCUGCGCUUUAUCGGCGACGGCUUCAGUGAAAACACGAGCAUAAGUUUUACGGCUACGGGAAAGGAGAGAAACAGUGGUUGCGAUGAUUUGAGUCGAACUAGUGCGUUCUCAUUCAACACGAGUACAUUAACAGACACGUCCGCUGUAGCUCGAGUAAAGCUAGAGCGUCACAGAUUUUCAUUAGAUGCUGUAAUCUACGUUUGCGUCAGAGAAGUGCAGAUUGUUCCAGAUAAAAAUGGAACGGAAAGUGUUUAUGUUCGUUGGAUUCAUCAAGGCAGUGAUCCAUGGAUAGUUUUCAAGUUGAAACCGGCAUAUGCCGAGACGACACUGUUGCCUGUGCCAGUCCAGAUCAUUGUUUUGAUAGUGCUCUUGGGGUUGUCUGGGAUGUUCAGUGGACUAAAUCUUGGGUUGAUGGCCCUCGAUAAAACUGAGCUGGCUAUAGUGGAGAAUUGUGGCUCGGAGACAGAGAAGCAAUAUGCGAAGAAAAUUCGCCCAGUGCGAGCAAAUGGGAACUAUCUUCUCUGCACACUCCUUCUUGGAAAUGUUCUCGUGAACUCCACACUGACGAUUUUGCUCGAUGAUUUGACUUCUGGUCUCAUAGCCGUUAUUGGCUCAACAUUUGCCAUCGUAAUAUUUGGCGAAAUUGUUCCACAAGCUAUAUGCUGUCGACACGGCCUGGCUGUUGGCGCCCACACUCUGUGGUUGACUAAGGCGUUUAUGGUGCUUACAGGCCCCCUAUCAUAUCCAAUCAGCAAGUUAUUGGAUGUGCUGCUUGGAGACGAGAUAGGAGUCGUAUACAACCGAACAAAAUUGCUUGAGUUGUUAAAAGUAACUCAUGAGCAUCAUGACAUAGAGAAUGAGGAAGUUAGAAUAAUAUCUGGUGCACUGCACUUGACAACAAAGACAGUGAAAGACCAAGGUACCGGCUACACCCGUGUACCUAUUUAUGAUGGAGAUCGGACGAACAUUGUUGCAAUUUUGAACAUCAAGGAUCUGGCUUUUGUUGAUCCCGACGACAACACUCCACUGCAGACCGUCUGCAAGUUUUAUCAGCAUCCAAUCGCAAACGUGUUUGGCGAUACGAGCCUUGCACUCAUGUUGGAUGAGUUUAAAAAAGGCAACUAUCACAUUGCGUUUGUGCAGGAAGUUGUGGAAGAGGACGACAAGGACAAUCGAUAUGGCACGCUGGGUCUGGUCACGCUUGAAGACAUCAUAGAGGAAAUUAUACAGGAGGAAAUCCUGGACGAGACAGACGUCAUUUCUGAUAAUGUGAUGAAGAAACCGCGGGCGGCCCAGGUACGACAGGACUUCAUGGGUUUCGCCCGUCACCAGGCAGCAUGCAACCCCAACAAACCAGUAAUGUCACCACAACUGCAGCUAGCUACAUUCCAGUUCCUAUCUACAAGCAUUGAACCAUUCAAGAAAGAUUUUAUUUCCGAGACGGUCCUGCAGCGUCUGCUUCGACAGGACAUCUUCAAAGACGUCAAAUUGAAAGACGCCAGAGAGAAAGACGUUCAGAUUUAUACAGCAGGAAAGAUGGCCGAUUACUUCAUCCUCAUUCUGGAGGGCCGAGUGCAGGUUAGUGUAGGCAAAGAAAAUCUAGUGUUUGAAAGUGGUCCAUUCUCCUACUAUGGUGUGCAAGCGUUGCAUGAUAUAGCGCACCCGAAGUCGGUAGUAUUCACGCCCGACUACUCGGUGCAUCUCGUCACUGACUGUCAGCUCGUUCUGAUCAAGCGCAGUCAGUACUGGGCGGCGCGGCGCACGACGCUCAUGGAGAUGGAGCAUCGCAUUGAAUCGUCCGAGGACUUCUUCACAAUGGAGUGGACGUCUGCGGAGAAGGCGUCGAUGAAGGACCAGAGCCUGAUCGCCGACGCCGAGACGUCAAGCGCUACGUUGGGCGAUGAUGUCGCCGCGCGGACGCCCGCCGCUAGCAACGCGGACGCGGAGUCGUCGUCACGCGACGCCGACGGCCCGUCCUCGCCGGAAAUGGACCGGCUGCUAGGGCCGACCGAUCCCAACCACGUGUGACGACUGCUGCGUGGCGACGAGGAGCCUGCUUCUAGAGACCGGGAGUGCGUCGCGUCGCGUUAGUGUCGCAUCCCGGAGCAGCUCGUAACCUCCAACGCGUUGCUGCGUGGGCGGUUGGUGUUCGGAUGUGAGAUAAAUUAUAAACGAAUAGCGUAGUGGUUUAGUUUUGGAUCGGGUUGAAAUGUGGCAGGACUGGGGUUGUGGUUGGUAACUAAGAUGAGGAUAAGUAAGAAUUACAGUCACACUACUGCUGUUGACCAGGCUAAGCACAGGCUCAAAUUACAAGGCGAAGUUGGGGCUAUAUACUAGUGUGAUUUAGAGUGUAGGUGGCCUUACGUGUGAACAUAUAGUAUAGCUAAAAGGGUGAAAUUUCCGUAGUUACUUUAUACUCGAGAUGUGUAUUUAAAUACCACGAAGCAGUAACAGAUUGUGAUUCACUCUCGAUAAAUUUUUCCCCUAUAUGCCCAGCUGUCUUCCCAAUAGUACAUACAGUUUGCACGACAUUUUUAUUUAAUUCUAAAUAGAUGUAGUUGUUGCAGUCUGAGUAGUGUUAGCAGGAGUGUUACCAGCAAUUAGGGAAAUUAGUUGUUACUUAUAUGAAUGUACUAUGUGGAUGGUUGACUUUGCCAUAGAGAAGUGCCUAUGAGUGCUAUGAUGAAAGUUAAUGUACUCUUCAAAAAGCAAGCAUAACUAUAAUGCAAGUCUGUAAUGUAAAUGCAUGUGCACGUGUAAUGAUUAUACCUUCAAAAAUAGUGAAUAUACUGCGCAAACGUGCAUAAUACGCCAAUAACUGUUGUUUAGAAUUCGUAUAUAUAUAUAUAUAUAUAUAUAUAUAUAUAUAUAUACAUCAAAUAGGCAGAAUCUCAUCAGUUUUACUGGAUGUAUUGUGUCGGUAUAGGUUUAUUGUGGUUAAGCUCAAUUUUCUGUUCUCUCAGUUGUCAGAUUUUGCAAACUGCAUAUCUCACAUUGCCAGAAAAAGACGGCACAGCUAUAGAAACAGAUAAUCGAUAAUAAAAACGCGUUGUGGACACUUGUCAUCUGCGAGAUAAAGCAGUACAGUACAGGUGCCCUGGUGAGUACGGUGCAUUAUGCUAAAGGUCGAGCACUUCCAAUUCAUCAGAACCACAAUAUUUGCAGUAUUAUCCUGGAUUUUCAAUGAAUCGCUUUGGGUCGAUAUUUCAAGAUAACUUGACUAUUGUGCAGAAAUUCUCCUAUUUGUGUAUUUGCCAUAGUUCAUAGUAGAUAGAACAGAAGGUGUGUAUAACUAUGGGCAAUCAGAUUUAUUCAUUCCCGAUAGUAUCAGGGGUAUAUAAAAUAGUGCAAUUCUAGUUGAUUUUCAAUUGUUAUUAUCACAUGUGUAACAUACGAGGCGGUUAUAUAUUUGUCUGGCGAAUGAUAAUAUGCUAGCCUAGCACUUUAUAGUGGGAGAAUAGUAUUGUUCGAUAUGCAUAGUUUAUACCAUAAAUAUUCCUUAUUAAUUAAGCCAUCCAUUUACAAUAUAAUGUAGCAUUGCAGUAUAUAUAUAUCACAUAAUCAAAAUAUUAUAUUACAUACACAAUAAAAGUGUCUAUAAAUAUAUAAAAUAAUUUCUCGUCAUGACUGUAUAUGUCGGUCAGAUAAAGCUACCAUAUAAACUAUUAGUUAUUACACUAAGUCUUGGUUUGUAACAGUAUUGUACAGGUUCAGUGCUGAGCUUGUCGGUUUGUGCAUCUGCUAUCCGUUUGCCUGCGACUCAGUUUUGUAACGGUACGUGUGAUUCAAGCCCAAAAUGUCACAAGGUAUCGUACUUUUUCAAGUGUUCUUAGUUAACAGGGCUUCGAUUUUUAUUCAUCCUGAUUUGAAAUUGGUCAGGUAUUUUGUUACAUCGUAAUUUUGUGUUGAUUUGUAAACGUAAUAAUCGAAAUUUAUCUUAAAAAGUCUUGUUAUCAUUUAUCGUAACUAAACAUAAUUUAUUGUGUAAAGUGAUUAUUUUAUCUUCAAAUGCAUAUGUGAUACGUACGAUAGCAAUGGCUGUGGUAAGACUAUAAGUGAAUGACCUUUAUUGUGUAUUAUAUUAAUUUAAAUUUAUGCAUUAUGCGUUAUUUCAUCAACAUAACAUAAAUGUUUUUCUCGGUUGCUGGGUUCUAAAAACGGGUUUGUGUGAUUUGCAAUCGUUUUCAUUUUGCUUGUUAGUCUAGCAAUUAUCCACCAUAUUAAUAUAGACUAUAUCGCAGAAUCCUGUGUUACUUAUAUGAUUACUUAUUGAUCGUGACUACGUCUAUUUGUUUGCAUUUUGUUUACCUGUUACAUAGAAUAGUUCAACAUUACAUAUAAGGUUUCCUUUUUUUUAUUUUUUAAUCAUUAAACAUUGCGCUUAGAAAGGUUUCUUCUAGAGGUUUUUUGAAUUAUUGGUAAAAUGUGGCCUCAUCGCAUGUAAAUAUUAACUGAUAUGAUGUAUUAUUGUUGUACAUGCGUUUGGAAGAGAUUUUGAACGACUAUUAGCUUGUGAAUCAUUGGUAAACUAGGUGGGGAAAACGCACACAGAACCCUGGAGAAUGAAAUUCCAACACACCCCAACGGAAUUGCAGUACAUUCGUUUGUCUGGAAUAGACUUUAAUGAACAAUAAGUGAUGAAAAUAGUUAGCUGUAACAAAAAUCACCAGAUAAAAAAUGGAAUACGAUAUGUACACAAGUACAUCUAUUUAGAUUCCGAUAUUUUGCUUUAUUUGUUUUUUUGCUUGUUUGUUAAAAAAAAAUCCGACAUCGCGUGUAUAUCACAAUUUUCUAUUUAUUUUGUGAAACGUAUAUUUGCUCGUGAUUCAAAUACCUAUGACAGCGGUGUCGCAAUGUGUAGAUUACGUUUGCUGUGUGAUGGUUUCUGGGUGUGCUAUAAUUAUGUAUUACACAUGUCAAGGUUUCUACAUAUUUAAGCGAGGUUAGUGCGUAAGUUAAUGUUAGCGCACGACUAUACUGUGUAUUGAUAUUCGAAUUGAUGGAAAAUUACGUAAUUUACCUGUAAUAUAAUGAUAACCUCGGUUGGUACUUGUAUAUAAAUAAAUUUAUUAUACGCAUUAGAAA